GUCCGAGAAUACCCAUGAUUGAGGACUUGUUCAGGAAUUUCAGUGAAUCACGAGACACGCAAACGCCGCACAACCAUAUCAGUCCACAAAAGCGACCCAACAAUGGCGGUUGGCGGGAAAGGGGAGUUUCUGGGCUCGGUCGCCGCGUGGCGCUCACGACGCUGUGCCGAAGAAUCACACCCAAAAAGUACCCAAAAAUAAACUCAAAAAUGGACGCCAACAGUGAAAACUCAAAAGACGCGGCAAACCAGAAGACCGAUGUGGAGUCCAAGGAGAAGAGUUUAGAUGAGAAACAGGAAGCGGAUGGAAAAUCAGAGGCCGGCACCACGGAGGACGACGAGGGUGAGAGUGCUGAGAAGGAGAACGACGAGAAGCCUGAGAAGAACAGUGACAAGAAGAAGCAGGACAGCAAAGGAAACGCAAAGAAGGCGAAGCAGGAAGUCAGUGCCAUACCGCUGGGGCAGAUCGCCAAGAUUGACCAGAACAUCACAAAUACAAAGGCUGAUGGACUGCAGACGCUGCAUUCGAUCUGCUUCGAGAGCGCCGGCAAGGUGACGAUGGUGAAGAAGAAUCUGCGCAAGUUCUCAGGGUUUGCCUUCGACGGUGAUUCAGAUGAGUACAAGGGGAAGCUCGAGGCGGCACAGAAGCAUGACGUGAAGCUGCUGCGGAACGUGUGCGACGUGCUGACGUUGGACAAGAAGGGUGGCAAGGAGGACCUGGCGGAGCGUAUCUGCAGCUUCCUACUGGCGCCCGAAGGUGAUGAGGAGCUGCCCGAGGAGGAGGAAGAGGCGGAAGAGGAGGAGGCGGAGAGCGAAGAGGAACCAGAGACGCGGCGGCCGCGGAAAGUCACAACUACCACAACUUCCGGCCGGCCGCGGCGCGCCACCGCCGGUCGAGGUUUCAAUCCGGACUAUUCCAGCUCGGAGGAGAGUGAUGAGCGCUUCACCAAGACCAAGGGCAAGCGCAAAAAGGAGGACAGCGACAGCGGCUCAGACUACAAUCCGUCCGGCGGUGGCUCGGACUCGGAUGUGGGCAAGCGGCGGGCGUCAACGCGCGGCCAGAAGGGGGCCCGGCCGAGCCGGGGCAAGAAGCGUCAGCGGUCGGAGAGCGAGGACGAGACCAUGAGCUCGGAGGAUGAGAGCGACGAGCCGAAGCGGGGCGCGCGAGCGGCGGCCGGCCGCCGUCGUCCGGCGGCGCGCGGGGCGACACGGAAGAAGAGGGCACAGAGUGACACGGAGGAGUCCGAGGUGGAGAGCGAAGAGAGCGAGAAGAAGGCGAAGAAAGGUCGCGUGAGCAAAAAUAACAAAAGUCCCGUAAAUGCAAAGGCCAAGUCAGCGCCAUCGCCGGCUAAGGGCAAGGCGCGCCCCAAGCGUUCUGCCACGAAGAAGGUGACAAAAGAUCAAACGACCAGCGAAGAGGAGGAAGAAGAGCCUGAGUUGGAUGACAAGGAGGACGCUUCUGAGGACGAACCGCUGGCGAAGAAGUCUAAAACAACGUUUCCAACUGAUGACGAAAUCAAAGGGUAUGUUAAGGAGAUCCUGGAUGAUGCUAAUCUGGAGGAGAUCACGAUGAAAACUGUUUGCAAGCAGGUUUAUGCAAAGUUUCCCCAAUUUGAUUUAUCACACAAGAAGGAUUUCAUAAAGGCAACCGUUAAAUCUCUAAUUGCAACAUAAAAGCACUUUCUCCUAUUUGAAAACAGAAAAAGAGAGAGAACAAACAAUUAAGAACGGAAAGAUUUACUUUGUCAUUCAAGAUAAAUACUUUAGUAUAAAAGGAAUAAAUAUUGUGGAUAAGUGA